UUAGCGGAAACAGCCAAAGUUUUUUUUUCCUUAGUAAGAUCCUACCUCAGCAGUUACAUACAUUCUUAAUUCUUUUUUUGCUUUGUCCUUCAAUAGGUGGGAAUGCCCAGGCAACUUGCAAAUUGCAUAGGAAUUUCCUAACAUCCAAGCACUUGGCUUCUCAACGCCAGCUGCAGCCUCUGAGAAUUUGCCAGAAUCCUGACCCGCCUCAAGAUCUUGAAGUUCACAUUAUCCUUUCCAAAGGUGUUGCCCCCAGUCUGCUCUCUUCUAGGCCCAAGCUGGCCCCUCUGAUUGUGGAGCUUCAUGCGGUUGGAAGAUCUCCACGCCAGGGGCUCCUCCUGAUCCUGAAGAGCGAAGGAACUGCCCAAUGGAUGGUUCGUGUCCACUGUUUCACUGGACAGCUGCAUGUACUGGCUUCACACAAAGUCACGGUCAGCAACCCAGAAAAGAAGCAGCCUCUCACUGUGAUUCAGCAGAUAUCUCUUGAGCUGGCUAAUGCUAGAGAUCCUUUACAAUAUGCAGCAGAGCAGAAGCUACCGGCAUUCACCUCUUACACCGAAGCUGAGCGGGUGAACAGGUUUCUUCUGAUUGUUGGACUGAAUGAGGCCACACCUGCUGUUCCUCUGGAGAAUCAUGAACCCUUUGGGCCCAUGUUCUUGCAUCUUUCCAAACUUGCAGUUGAGAGACAGCCGUUUCCAGAGGCUGUCGCCACAGGCUGGGAAAACAAAUGGAAGAGAGAGGACAGUUCUGUUCUCUCUACCUUGCCUGCCACUGAAACGGAGAAAGUUGAGUCUGAUUUAUGCCACGGGAUCCAAAAGCCCAUGCAUGAAAGGGAGGAUAUAAAGAAAGCAUUUUCCUCAGAAGACAAAAAGUUACAGGACCGUCUUUUUCACCAUGUCCAGCUCAGCCUAGAAGUGUCCAGUUCUGAGGCAUUCGUCAAACAACUAGGACUCUUUAUCGUCCCUGCCAACAGCCAGAUCUUUGUGGAAGCAUCUUUGGUCACAUUUCACUUCUGUCUUGGCUUCACCAUCCAACAAUGCUUCAUCUCUGCCUCUUCGGAUUCUUCAGUGAUAACUUCAUACCUGCUUAUCCAGCAUGGCUGUGCAGCUGAUUCCCAUGUCAACCUGUUAGCACCUCAACAGACAGUUCAGGACCAAACAUUGCGCCCAAGUUACCACCAACGCCAAGGAUUAAGUUUUGUGCUCCAGCCUCGCUCCAAUCACUCCAUUCAUUUCUUACAUUGCCGCCUGACACUCUGCAGCAGGGAACCUCAUGACUCCAGCAAAACUAGCAGUUUAAUCCCCAAGUGCCAGUUUGAGAACAAAGCCUGCAGGAGAGAAGAGCCAGCCAGCAGGGACUUCCAGCGUACCUUCACAAAGCCCAUCAUGGUGACCGUAGAAACUCCACUCAGACCAGCUCCUCCUACUCUGAAGCCAGAUAAUUCCCUGGCUAACCAGCAAGCAAAAGCAAAGGAGACCAGGAAGUUGCAGAAGGCACAGCAAGUUCCAAGUGAGUAUGUGCUGAAGUCUUACUUUUUUAAACAAAUAUCCUGGGAUAUGGAGAAUAAAGUCAAUUCUGAAUCUGAAUGCCAUCUCCUCUCCUAGAAGAGCUCCCAGGGC